GAUGAUGGCAAAAGUGAUUACGAAAAACGUCAUUUAAUACCCAAUGUUAAAAGAGGAGAAACAGAUGUUGAUGAGGGCGUUGAAUACGAAAAACGUCAUUUAAUACCCAAUGUUAAAAGAGGAGAAGAUGGCAAUGACGAAGAAGAUUACGAAAAGCGAUCCAAUGUUAAAAGAGAAGCUAUGUUAAAUCGGUGGUGGUGGCGCCGUCGGCAUCAUCACUGGCCUUAUCGAUUCUAUUGGAAAAAGCGAGAAACAGAAUAUGAGGGCGAUGGCGAUGGUGAUAACGAAAAACGUCAUUUAAUAUCAAAUGUUAAAAGAGGUCAUAAUGGUUUCGUCAAAGAAUACGAAAAGCGUCAUUUAAUACCCAAUGUUAAAAGAGGAGAAGAUGGCGAUGGUGAUGGUGAAUAUGAGGAUGAUGGCAAAGAAAAACGUCAUUUAAUACCCAAUCGUGAUUUAAUACCCGAAGUCAAAGAAUACGAAAAGCGUCAUUUAAUACCCAAUGUUAAAAGAGGAGAUGACGAUGGUGCUAAAAGAGAAGCGCAAGGUGAAGAAGAAUACGAAGCUAAAAGAGAAGCGCAAGGUGAAGAAGAAUACGAAGCUAAAAGAGAAGCACAAGAUACAUAA